AUGGCUCCAACAUCUCCAGACGUCGCUCUGGUGCCGAUGAAAUUAGACGCCUUCGUUCUAAAUACGGAAGUAUGCAAUGGCGGAAUAAAAGACGCAAAGAUUGCACCUCUCGCACAACCAAACUACACUUUUUUGCGGUUGAAGGGUAACUUCCUCCAAAACGAUAUUCUACAACAUGCCGAUUUGCACUUCAGCGCCCCUGCGAGCUCGAAUUCGAGAGUUACCAAUAUUGGAGACCCAACGAAGCCGCUACUGCAAAAGCGUCUUGGUGUCUACCUACACUGGGUCCUACCUAGAGUUUAUCGCUCUGGUUCGAAGACCUCUGAGCCGAAGAGUAAUACCUCGGCCGCGGUUCCUACAACGACUCAAACCACUGCAACAAUCCCUGGGGAAUCCGCAGGAACUCUUCCAGAUCAAACUUCAAGUCAACCAAAAGCUACGGCAGAUACCACCGUUCCAACCUUUCAGGAGGUUGCAACACGAUGGAUGGUUAUCCGCAAGAUAGAAGAUAUGAGCAGCGUACCUUCUGGUACAGAUAUCACCGAGAUGCAAGCGUGGAUAAUCGAGAGCAAUCGACUGCGGACGCUUGACCACCUGUCUAACGAUGUUGACCUACAAGUGGAUGUAUCACCAUUCAUUAGUACUACGGAAGGUGACGUAGAUAUCGAGAAACAAGCAGAAGUGUUCAUAGGGUACAAAGAAUCUGCUGCCACUUGGAAUGAGAAGUCGGGCGGACCAUUAGUUCCAAACGGUCCUCAAUGGCUCGAUAAUCUGAGUUUGUUGAACAGUUCAAAUCAAUUGUUCGCAGAUUAUCAACCCCAUAACAGCAAUGUUUUUAGCAUGGUGGACAACUUCGAGUAUUUUCUUGACACUGACACUGAGAAGAAGAAUCCAAUGUAUCUCCCGAAGCUUGAAUGUAGCUACUUUGUAAUCGGGUGGCACGAAAACACAACACGGGACCCCUUCUUCAUCAAGCCGGCGGGUGAAGCCGCUGUAAAUCUAGAAACGGAUGCGGUAACAACUAGGGGUUCUCGAAUGGCAGACCUGAAUAUGAAGCUAAAAGACAUCACUGAGGUGUCUGGUCAGCCCCAGUGGCUCCAAUCCAAGGACUCGACUCAGCUGCUAGCCCAUGGGGCAAUCUACAACGUUAAAUGGGACGCAAAUCACAAACCAGGAAACAUUCCCGCCAAUAAAUGCGCUGAGAACAUAGCAGAUCAGUCCUCAGUUGCCGUUGGGGCCAGCCCCAUGGAUGCGCUUCUUGCAUACGUAAGGGCACAUCUUGAUAAACACACGGGCACGGAACACGAUAUCGAGUACGCCAUUCACAGAGUGCAAACCCUGCUGCAGGCCCGUGAUGACGGAGUUGAUGCGCAAAGGGAAGCAGCGGAUCUUCUCACAAAUUGGAAUUUCUCAAGAUUUGAGGGUGGUAAAGAAUACCACCUCACAACACCCAAUAUGCAGAACGAUUCACACGAGCCAGCCCAGCCGUCGACAGCUCAGAUCGCCCUCUUGCAGAGGUUGAAUGAGAAACAGGUUCUUUUGGAUAGCUUCACAAGAGCGUGCAAAGAUCUCCGAUGGUACCUGUUUUCUCAAUGGUGGCAAUAUUUUAGUGACUAUAAGGCGACGGCGAAUGCCCCAACAUACAAAGAAAAAGUUAGACCUAUCAGCGAGCUGCUAGCCAAUCUCGAGGCAAAAACAAUCCCCGAUCUAGAAAAUGCACUGAGAGGGACAAGGGAGCAACUGGAGGCACUCAAAACGAAAGUCAAAAGUGGUGUUAAAACUGAAUUUUCGCAGGGUCGUGACCCAACGAUCCUCGUGGGUAGAAUUGCUUCUGGUUGGCCGGAGGACUUUUUGGAGACCUUACAAAUUCGACUUGAUGCAAAUCUUGAUCCUGUUUCCGUCGACUUUGACGAUCCGGUGUUUUUCAAAACGUUCCUUGAGAGUUAUUUCCCAAGCAGCCCGACAAAGUUUCCUGCCCGACUGCAGCCUGUGAUGAAAUCCCUGAUCAGGGAGUUCAUUCGCAUAAGGCCAUCAGCACCGAGUGAGGAAGCUUUUGCAGAUAAGGACAAAAAUUAUGUUUAUCCGCUUUACCAUGACCAGGGUAUCAAAUAUGUUUCCAAGGACUCUCUUUGGCGAGAUCGUUGGAAUGACACCCAGCCUUGGUUCCCACUCUUCUUAGAAUGGGAGGUCGAGUAUACUCACAUACCCUUUAGCGAAUGGGAUUUGUCGGAGAGGAGGACUAAGACUUCAUCAGCACAACGUCUUAUGUACGGGAUCAAGCCAAACAACCCUUUGGACCCAACUAAAUUGACACAUCGGAGGACCCUAUCCGGUCGCAAUCUCAUUUUACCUCAAGCUACGUUUUCGCUUCAGGCAAAGGUCGAUCAACUUCUAUCCGACACGCCGCAAACAAAGCUUCGAGACUAUCUCACAUCUGACCAAGAAACCACCUUGCGAACAGAUCUACAUCAGCUUUCGUUUUUAUCAGCGCCGCUAUCUGGGUUCUUUGACCAUUUGGUUACCCGGUAUCAAGGUAGUCAUAUCAAACCCAACUAUCGCGCGCCUGGGAAAACCCUCCAACCAAUUGCUGAGGCAGUGAAUGACGACGCCGGAUUCACACCGAAAGUACUCAACCAGAUUUCCGCAGAAUCAGAUCUGACACCUUAUGGAUGGUCAGUUCCAGUGCCAAUGAAUGAAUCUCCCUUCAAGCCUGUGUCGCACGGACAAUUUAGGAUAACGAAACUGAACGUGAUUGACAAGUUUGGUCAGGCGGUGCAUGGGGUUAAUCCAAAACCACUGAAAACUGGCCCACCUAAUUUCUACCCUUGUAUCAGUGAUUUCUAUGGCGUUCAAUACAAUGACUUAGAAAUGGCGGAUCCCAAUAUCGUUCAGAAGGACCCUAAAGGAGGCUGCCCUUUUGCACAAGUUAGUCCGCUGAUUAAUCAGCCCGCCCGCCUUAACUCUUGUUUCGUCAAGCUGGAGGUUCCAGAUGAUAUUACCCCGAAGCACUUUUGGAGACCAGCAAGCGAAUGGGAGAAUCCUAUAUGGGGCUGGGUGGUUGUCAACUACGCCAAUCUCGGUGUACAACUAUUCCUGCACGACGGUACCUUUUAUAGAGAGAUCAGGUUUGGCGGUCCAACAGGGACACAGAAACUUCCACCGUGGCUUCCAUUCGCGCCCCCUCCACUUAAUACACAGCAGGACCCUCGCACAGAGAACUUGCGACAGUUUGCGGAUAGACUCAAUGAUAAAGGAUAUUUACGGGGAUUCGUUGCGAUGCUGACGGGUGCAAUGAAACAUUCUACUGUGACACCCUCUGCAUAUGCAGAAUUCCUAAAUUCAGUUAUAGGCCGGCCGUUCGCUCUGGUGAAUAUCGGAUGGUCACUAGAGCUUGCUACUACUGCCUUCGAUAACCAGUCAGCGCUCAAUAAUACGUCAUCAAAGAAUGUUUUAUUGGAGCCAUCGAACUCACACACCCAAACCCAGUACGAAUUUCCGAUCAAAAUAGGAGAUAAAGAAAGGGCUUUUGAUGGUCUUGUCGGCUACUUUGACACGCUAAAAGAACCUGAGCCUUCGAAUGAGGUUAACUUCGAGAAAGUGUAUACUUUUUUUACUGACAAGGUAGCAUCGAAGUUUGGGGGGCCGGAAACCACCCAGGGCGAUUCUUCGGUGACAGCGACCGGCCCGGACCCUCGGACCCCGAUCGACACUACGUCCUUUCCAAAACUGAAGGCCACUUAUAUCAACCCACUGAAGUCUUACAGUUGGUUUCGAACGUCCGAGCCAGACGGGCUAUCCGUAGAUCAUGCGACAAAAUAUUACCGCGAGGGUACCUCCAACUUGAAGGUUUUCGCGGCGAUUGCAGACCCUUUCGUACCAAUCCACGGUUACUCCAGCCUAUUACCCAUCCAAGAGCUGAAGCUACCCUCAUGGACGUGGCAAAAGGCGUUAGAAAACAUGACAGCAUUCUUUCGCGUUGGCCCUCUCAUCGUGACAAAAGAUGUACCGCGAUAUAAUCCUAAACUACGACUGAAGCCGGGGUAUGAUCUGCAGAAGGAUCAGAUGCCCGAGACGGGUACGGUUCCACUACCGGCGCUAGAUAUGGCAGAGUGGGUUUGGCUGCAACCGUAUAUAACGGAUGAUAAGGAGGUUAUAGAAAAGGAAAAACUAGAUGGGAGAGUGUUCAUGCCGAUCGAGAUUUCGAAGAUAGACGGACGGCCAAAGUUUGAAGAUGCACCAUAUACAGCCAUUGAAGGUUUCUUGCAAAUGAAGAAGCCACUAGUUCGGCCGCCCGAACAACCGAAGUGA